CCGGCUUGUCGGUCCCUGCAGGACCCAGGCCCGAUGUCCUUCCGCGCCCGGCCCUGCGUGGGGCCCGACGUGCGGACCGUGCGGGGCCGAAGGGCAGCGGGGUCUCCCCCCAGACCCUCAACCUCUGGAGGGGGUGUGAAGAUGCUCAAAGAGCGGCCAGUGAUGGCAGAAGAACCUCAGCAGCACCUGGGCGUUCCCGUGGUCAAGCUGGAGAAGGAACUGCCCUGGGGCCGGGCCCGCGAGGAGCCCAACCCCGAGUCAUUCCGGCUGCGCUUCCGCCAGUUUCGCUACCAGGAGGCUGCGGGCCCACAGGAGGCACUGCGGGAGCUCCAGGACCUGUGUCGCCAGUGGCUGCGGCCAGAGAUCCACACCAAGGAGCAGAUCCUGGAGCUGCUGGUGCUCGAGCAGUUCCUGAGCAUCCUGCCGCGGGAGUUCUAUGCCUGGGUGCGGGAGCAUGGCCUAGAGAGCGGCCGGGCGCUGGUGGCCAUGGUGGAGGACUUCACCGAGCGGGCGCUGGAGGCCAAGGCGGUGCCGAGUUCAGUGCCGGGUCAGCAGGAGACAGUGAUGCUCUGCAGGGACCCCUGGGAGCCUGGUAUGCCCACGGGCCCGGUGGAGGUAAAGCCAGAGUGGAGGCUGCCGCAGAGUGAUGGCGUGUCGGGCCUGAACCAGUGCAGCCCCGAACAGCUCCCACCGGACUCGGGUGGGCCGCAGCCUUUCCAGGAGCAGGCUGUGCCAGUUCUCCCGCCUGUGAGUACCAGGGACCAGGAGAUGGCAGCAGGUUUCCUGGCAGCCGGAACCCAGGUGCUUGGACCAUUUAAGGACAUGGCAUUGGCCUUCCCUGAAGAGGAGUGGAGGCACGUGACCCCAGCUCAGAUCGACUGCUUCGGGGAGUACGUGGAGCCCCAAGAUUGUGGGGUCUCCUCUUCAGGCCUCAGGAGCGAGGAGAAGGAGGCGAAGCCCGAGCAGGCCGAUCUCAAGGGGGCACUGGCACGCCUGGCAGCCGAGCGCUUCGAGCCAGUACUCCCAGGGCCUGGGCUGGGGACCAGUUGUGAGCAGGGCCCAGUGGCCCCCGUGGGACUUGUGCCGGGGCCGCAGCCUCCUCCCGCUCCGGCCGGCCUAGCCCUGCCCCUGCCUGGUGCCCUGGAUGCCCCUGCCUCCUUCUGGAAGCCUUUCCAGUGCCCCGAGUGUGGCAAGGGCUUCAGUCGAAGCUCCAACCUGGUGCGGCACCAGCGCACGCACGAGGAGGAGAAGGCGUUUGGCUGCGUGGAGUGCGGGAAGGGCUUCACCUUGCGGGAGUACCUGCUGAAGCACCAGCGCACGCACCUGGGCGCGCGGCCCUAUGUGUGCGGCGAAUGCUGGAAGAGCUUCAGCCAGAGGCAUCACCUGGAGGUGCACCGGCGCAGCCACACAGGCGAAAAGCCCUACGUGUGCGGGGACUGCUGGAAGAGCUUCAGCCGCCGCCAGCACCUGCAGGUGCACCGGCGCACGCACACAGGUGAGAAGCCAUACGCCUGCGAGUGCGGCAAGAGCUUCAGCCGCAAUGCCAACCUGGCGGUGCACCGGCGCGCGCACACAGGCGAGAAGCCCUACGGUUGCCAGGUGUGCGGCAAGCGCUUCAGCAAGGGCGAGAGGCUGGUGCGGCACCAGCGCAUCCACACUGGCGAGAAGCCGUACCACUGCCCCGCUUGUGGCCGCAGCUUCAACCAGCGCUCCAUCCUCAACCGCCACCAGAAGACCCAGCACCGUGCUGAUAUCCCCGCACCCACCGGCUCCUAAGGGGUGGCCUGCCCGAACACACUCGGCCACCUGUAUCACUUCUGGCGGGCUUCCCGCGAUCCACACAAUCGCAUCCCCUUUCCCACUUAGCUACUAUUUAUUAGCCACUGGCAAUGUACCUGGCAGGGCAUCCGUGGGGGCGAGUACCUGGCCCUGGAGCAUCCUGGGUUC